AUAAUAACCUGCAGAGUGCGCGCAGACUGCAGCGCACAAGUGAAGUGACACAAGCUAAGCGUACGCGACAAUAACUUCCUCCUGGUUCUUGCAAGAGUUGAGCAGCUAGCGACGGCACAGAGAUGGCGAAGCGGCCGUCGAGCAAACGGAGCUUCAGGCUGCCGUUCAUGUGCGGGCAGUCGGACGUGGCCAGCCCGAGGGGCGCGGCUGUCAAGCGGCCGUCGUCGUCGUCGUCCUCGUCACUCGGCAGGGGGUCCAGGUCCGGGUCUAGCUCCGCCUCCAGCUCCAGCAGCAGGCACGGCGAGCUGCAGCGGAUCUUCCAGCACUUCGACCGGGACAACGACGGCAAGAUCUCCGGCGCCGAGCUGCGCGCCUUCUUCGUGUCCAUGGGCGACGACAUGCCGCCGUCGUACGGCGACGGUGGCUACAUGCUGGACUUCGCCGGCUUCGUGGCGCUGAUGGAGAGGGAGGGCGGCCAGGAGGAGGACCUGCGCAGGGCGUUCGACGUGUUCAACGCCGUGGAGUCCGCGGGCAGGAUCACGGCCAGGGGCCUGCAGAGGGUGCUCGCCCAGCUCGGGGACAAGCGUUCCGUCGCCGACUGCGAGGCCAUGAUUCGGGCCUACGACGUCGACGGCGACGGUGGCCUCGACUUCCACGAGUUCCAGAGGAUGAUGAGCUAACUGAUUCCGGCUUACGUUGUGGGUUUCGCCUUCAGAGCGUUGAGAGGUCUGCAUCCAGAUGAGGCAAUGCAAUUUGCUGCAGGGCAAAUGCGUCAUCUACUUGGAUGCUGCUGCUUGCCUGAAGCAAUUUGCUGCUUCAUCUUGUGUUGUUCGGUGUGUCACACCAGUGAAUCAGUUACGUUACAGUUUAUUCUUUUUUAAGAGAAAAUUAGUUCGGUAGAAGAUCAUGGGAAUCCUUUAAUACCUUUCAUGAAAUACUACCGAAGGCUUGUUCAGUUGUGUUUGGAUUGAAGAAGAUUGAGAGGAUUAAAU